AUGGAAGGCACUAAAGUUAUUGGUCAUACAAACAGUUUUUAUAAAGCAACUGCUGGAGAUAUCGUUAUUGGCAUUGUUGACAGGAAAAAUGGCGAUGACUGGCUUGUUGAUAUUGGAUCUAGUCAUAAUGCUUAUCUUCCUGGCAUGGCAUUUGCCGGAGUUACAAAGCAAACUGCACCAAAAUUCGAUAAAGGUGAUCUUGUUGUUGCCUGGGUAGAACAAGUCCCAGAAGCAGGAGAAGUUCUAUUGAGUUGCCUUCCUAGAACGCAAAAUGAAAAACUAGGCAGACUUACAGGUGGAACAGUCCUUAGACUUAGACAAAACGAUAUGAAAUUGCUAGAUGAAAUAGAAUUUGACAAAUUAGUUGCAGCCAAGUCAAAAUUAAAUGUCGCACCUGGAAUGAACGGGAGAUAUUGGUUCGAAACAGAAAAUUCUAUUGCUGACGUUCAAUUACUAAGUUUACUUAAAUCUUCUCUUUCUCAGCCAAAUCCAAAGACUGCAUUUGAAGAUGGACUUCAAAACAUUCGCUUCAACUAA